AUGUCCUUGAAAACUCCUCGAAAUUCAUACCGCAGCGCGGAAUGCCCGGAAGUACCUUCCCAAAACCCAUGUUCAUCCUGGUAUUCCGAGGAGCUCGAGCCUAAAGGCCCAUUUUCUCGCUCUCGAGGUUCGCACCACGAAUCUAGUCACCCAUCGUCUUCGGCCCGACGUUCUCAUCGCCAAUAUGACAAACCGGAGUCUUCGGCCCGAAGUUCGCACCGCGAGUCUGGUUACUCAUCGUCUUUGGCCCGAGACACUUACCAUGAGAGUGAAGCGCCGUCGUCGCAACCACACACCUCAUCUUCCAUCCGCCGCGCAAACACCACUGCUGCUCCGUCCAGUAAGAACCCCUUUGCUAGAUUAGUGGCAACAGGUGAUCUUCCCCGCAGCAACAAUCCUUUUUCGCGACAUGAAUCAUCACGCCACGCUGAAUCGUCCGGUGGUCUCCACCGUUCCAAUGCGGUCCACUCGCGCAGCCGUUCAUCCCACCAAACCUCCCGCCGCGAGUCAUCGGCCUCACACCACAGCUUCUCUGCCUCCACCAUUCGAGGUCCCUCUACCACAGUGCGCGGCAGCUCUCCCUCGUCGAUGGAUGAGCACCUAGACUCCUACGCUGGAGCUCUUGUUCCCCAGCGCUCCCAGACAGUUGCCCACCAUCUCAGCUCAGGCUCUCGUUACUAUGGCAACAAACAGGUGGCACGCAGCGGCUGCACUAGCAGCUCCUGCACUAGCAGCUCCCGCACCACGGGAUCCACCUCCUCCACAACCUCAGCCAAAGGCCAGAACGUGACCUAUAACAUCACCAACAUCAACAUCGGCAGCAACAACGUUGGUAAGGGUGCCGAGGAUCUGCUUGCCGGCAUGUCCACAAUCGAAAUUGGCGAGCCAUCUGGCCAUGCCCGCCGCAGCCGCAGCACACGUUCACAUACCUCAUCAGGCCGCUACACUCCCUACGCCGGAACUGGUAGAGUCUGGGAACGUGAUUAUGACGAGUCAUUGGAGGAUAUGAAGAAAGAGCAACGGAAGCGUCAGCGCGAGCAGACACGCGCCUUGUCAGCAGUGGCUGAUGCGGAAGCGGAGCUUCGAGAGAGUGAGGAGCGAUUCCUGGCGCAAAUUGGUUAUCCGUGCCCAGAUGCCAUGUUCACUUGA